AUGGAGCUGGGCGAGUCUACUGUUGAUAGGAUUAGCAACGUUCCAGCCAAUGUGAUAGAGCACAUUCUGAUGCUGUUACCCAUAAAAGAUGCUGGGAGAACCAGCAUCCUGUCAAGAAACUGGAGGCAUCAUUGGAGAAGUAUUCCUCAACUUGUGUUCGACGGUAGUUUUGCUCCACCACUCCCCAGUACGGAACCCUAUUUACCGGAUGAGAAAAAGGUCAUGAUGGACAUUUACGAAGCUCUGCUGCUUCAUGAUGGUCCAGUAACCAAGUUUGAGCUCUCAAUUCCUGGAUUGAGAGAAGACUGUCCACGUAUUUGUAAGUUGAUUCCUCACGUUGGAAGCAAAGGUGUCCAGGAACUUGCUCUUAGGUUUUCCGUGGGUCAGACCAAGCUGCCUUCCUCCCUGUUUACCGCCUGCCACCUGACUGUUUUGAAACUGCAGCAUUGUAGUGUUGGUGCACCAUCUUCUUUUGUGGGAUUUCGUAAGCUGGUCGUUCUUGAGCUUGAACAUGUUAUCAUGCCUGAAGAUUUCCUGCAGAAGUUACAGCCGGAGUGCCCCCUGCUUGAAGAGUUGAGGGUUUUAUACUGUAGCGACCAAAAUUAUGAUAUUGAAGCGCCAUCUCUCAAAGUGCUUCUCUUUCACAAUCAUGUUUCCAAUACGGUCAUUUCCUUCAACAAUGUUCCUGUGCUCUCCGUGCUAUCAAUAUUAGAUGGUUGGAGGUAUACUGAUUGGUUUAAAACAUUUGCUUCUCUCCCUGCGAUCAGGCAGCUGACUUUUGGAAUUCAUUCGCUGCAAUUCUCUGCUAAGGGUAAUGUCCCCUACAAACUGCCAACAAUCCUCUACCAGUUAAAAUUCCUCGAAGUAACUCGCCUUCUUCUGGAUAACUUGCCACAGGCACAGGUUCUUAUCUGUCUGAUCAUGAGUUCCCCCAACUUACAAAAGCUCAGCAUUCGGUUGGGUACUAAUAAUGCCCAGCCGUCUUCAGAGGUUAUGGGUAGCCUACAGGAGCUGUUGGAAGCAGAGGAACGACAGGGAAUUUGUUGCCUUCAACUUCUUGAAGAGUUCAACAUUCAGGAUAGCCAAGGUACGCAAGUUGAGCUGGACCUGGUGCGGUUUGUUCUAGCCACUGCCCCACAACUUCGUAUGAUCUUGAUUAAGCGUGCAGUUAACUUGUCAUCUGAUAAGGUUCUGGGAUUCUUGAAUGAGCUGGUAUCGUAUAAGCGUAUUUCCAAAGACGCAGAGGUCAAAUAUGUCUAG